UGUGUCGAGUUGUUGAUGGACCGGCGAAAGUUAGGAAAAUUGUUUGACAUGUAAAAUGCACUAGAAAAACGGAUUUAUUCGAGGAAAAUGUCGUUGAAAGUCGAAGUAAUAAGUGCAUCCAAUGUGCCAAACUUGGAAACGUUUGGCGAAUCGGAUCCUUACACGACAAUUACUUAUAAAGGAAUCUCAAAGAAAACACAAGUUAAAAAAUCACAGCUUAACCCAAAAUGGAAUGAGGAAUUGGACUUUGACCUGACAGGAGUGAAUAUCGGGAGCAAUGACAACCUGGAAGUUACUGUCAAGGAUUGGGAGAGAGUCGGGCGAAACAGACUGCUUGGUACAGCCAAAGUUCCUCUUGCCGACAUCUCCAACGGCGGAACUAAAGAUGUGGACACGAUCUUGUUCGAUGGGAACAACACACCGCUGCCUCAGUCAAAGAUUAAGAUGCGUGUGACCUUUACCCCUCCCGCUCCAAAACCUGGCGCAGCCCCAGCUGCUGCCAGCUCCGGCGACACGACCGGGACAGAGGUUGGCAUGGACGGAGAUCUGGGGGAGCUUGGACAGGAGAAUCCCGAGGAAGAGGAGGAAGAAGAGGAAGUUGAUCCAGGUCCCCCACAGAUUGACCCAGCUACCGGACAGCCCAUUCCCAGACCCAAGAAGAAAAAGAAGAGAAUGGGACGGCGAAGAUUCCGCGGGAAACUGUCAAACAAACCACAAGACUUCCAGAUCCGCAUUAAGGUGUUGGAAGGGAGGCAGAUUGAGGGCUCGAACAUCAAGCCUGUUUGUAAAGUCUCAUGUUAUAAUCAGGUCAAACAGACCCGUGUGAAAAAAUCCACAAAUUCCCCAUUUUGGAAUGAAACUUUCUUCUUCAACUUUAAUGCGUCCCCUGCAGAACUGUUUGAUGAAUUUCUGGAGUUCUCGGUCUUCAACUCAAAGAAACUCCGAUCCGAUGCCUUGAUUGGUACUUUUAAGAUGGACAUCGGUAUGGUUUGGGAACAGGCAAACCACGCGUUCGCAAACAAAUGGCUGCUUCUCAGUGAUCCUGAGGAUACUAUGGCCGGAGCCAAGGGAUACCUCAAGUUCUGUGCCAUCGUGCUGGGCCCGGGCGAUACACCACCGUCCAUGAAAGGUCACACUCAAGAUGAAUCAGAAGACAUUGAAAGUAACCUAUUGCGUCCAGCUGGAGUACAGUUGCGGCCGGCGACAUUUGCUCUCAAUGUCUACAGAUGUGAGGAUAUACCUAGAAUGGACACAGCAUUCCUGCAAGGUGUGAAGAAACUAUUCAGGAUCGGAGAAGAACAGAAAGAACUGGUCGAUCCAUACCUGGUCAUGAACUUUGCUGGAAAAGAGGUGCAAACCAAAAUCAUGUACUGCAGUGACCAUCCGGAGUAUAACCAGACCCUCAAAGUGGGGCUACAGUUCCCCUCGAUGUGCGAGAAGAUCCGACUGUCAAUGAAAGAUUGGGAUAGAGUGACAGAGGAUGAUUAUAUUUCCACGGCGACCCUGAAAGUAUCAAACAUUUCCGCUUUAGGAGAAGAUGGAUUUCUACCAACAUUUGGCCCAUGUUUUGUGAACUUUUACGGGUCUCCACGUGAAUUCUCCGAGUUGCCGGACGAAUAUGAAGACCUUAACAAGGGAAAGGGUGAGGGAGUGGCGUUCAGAGGUCGUGCACUGGUGGAGUUGAAGACAAUUGGCGGGGAGCUGCCAGAAGUGCCAGUAGAUGAUAUUGGCUCUGAGGAUGUGCUUAAAAUACAGAAAUUCAUGCGCAAGAGGAAGUACAAGCUACAUGCAGCUUUCUUCAAUGCCACUAUGGUCAGUGCUAUAGAUGCCCCUGUGGAGUUUGAGGUCAGCCAAGGUAACUAUGGUAACAAGUUGGAUGACUACAUUGCACCAUGCGCAUCAAGCACCCAGCCAACAAAUGCUGUGUUUGAUGGAAGUAACUACUACUUUCUGCCAUGGGGUGGCACCAAGCCCUGUGUCGACGUGGAAGCACAUUGGGAGGAUGUUAGCUGGCGUCUGGAGACAUUGAACUUGUUCGAGGGGAUAAUAGCUGCACUGGAAGAGAAUAUAGAAGAAGUGCGGGUUGGAAUCAAGGCCAAACUACCCACCCCAGAACUGGCCCAGUUGCUUAUCUCUGCACUUGACCAGCUUGUGGAAGAUACCAAGAAACCCCUACCGAAACCCCAGACAGGGACCCACCUCGCUACGGAGCUGGACAAUCUGCUGUCUGAGUACCGGCUUAUUGAGCUUGAAUCUUUACGAGAGAUGGCCACUAACCUGCGGGAAAAUGCCACCGACGUCAGCGAAGCCCUGAGUGAGGCUGAAAACUUUAUACAAAUACUGAAAAACAUCGCUGUUGAGCCCCAAAACAGUAUGCCAGACGUGAUUAUCUGGAUGAUCAGCGGGGAGAAACGUAUCGCAUAUUUCCGGAUCCCAGCCCACACCCUUCUAUACUCCAAGAAUCCUCUGUACUGCGGCAAAAACUGUGGCAAAAUGCAGUCCAUACAACUUCAGUACCCAGGCUCUAAGGGUGAAAAAGAUGUAAAAGUUCCGGCGUUGUUGAGGAUCAAACUGUGGCUCGGCCUGCAGGCUCAGGAAGAAAACUGGCAAAAGAUGCAACGCGAGGGAGAGAUGGCUGUCUUCGCUGAAACUUACGAGAACCAAGUAAGCAUCCUGGGCAACUGGACUAACCGUGGCCCAUUGAUGUCAAGACCCAAGUUCUCUGACAGUCAGGGCAAGGUCAAGCUCUAUAAGGAGAAGUUUGAGCCGCCCCCUGGUUGGAGGUGGGAGGAAGACUGGUACAUCAACCCAGAACUCAGUAUGUUGUAUGACAAGGAUGCUGGGCACCGAACAUUCAUUGAUGAUGUGUAUGAGUGUCAGAUGAGACUGCCAGGAACAAACUGGGUGGAAGCAUCACGACCCUGGACAAAUGUGAAAGGAGAUCUAAGCCCCUCCAAAACAGAAGUUGAUUUACCCCCUGGCUGGGUGUGGGAGGAUGACUGGCAGAUAGAUCUGGGAAGAGCUGUGGAUGAAGAUGGUUUUGAGUACUGUGUUGAAGCGACAAUGGGCGGAUGGGGGCCUGUGUUGAGACGUUACCACCUUUGCCGGCGCCGUCGCUGGGUGCGUUCCCGACGACUCGUGGAAAACAUUAAACAGAAGAAACAAAAGGAAAAGCAACUCCAGGCUGCCACAGAAGGCUGGGAGUAUGCUCCCCUGUUUAACAUGAAGUUCCACCACAUUGAGCGCAAGAUGGACAUGGUCCGCCGUCGACGGUGGCACCGCAAGAUGGUGCAGACAGAGAAGGGCUCACCAUGUUUCUUCAGUAUGCAGGAAAAGGAGGGAAAAAGCAAGAAAAAGGACAGCGAUGAUGAGGAGGAAGAGAUGGCCCAGGUUACAGCACCCAGAAUGUUCAUUGUGUUUAAAGAGACUUACAAGUACCAGUUGCGUGCAUACAUAUACCAGGCCAGGGAUAUUCUUGCAAUGGACGAUUCCGGAACGUCAGACCCAUUCUGUCGCAUCUCGUUCCUCACCCAGAGCGCGCGUACGGAGAAUAUCAAGAAGAGUCUAUGCCCUACCUGGGAUCAGACGUUGAUAUUUGAUGAGAUCGAAAUUCAUGGCGACCCUCGUUCCAUUGAGGCCCAUCCGCCAGAUAUCUACUUGGAGAUAUACGACCAUGAUACUUUUGGAGAGCCCGAGUUCCUAGGCAGAGCAAAAGCCCACCCAAUGGUGAAGUUAGACCCAGGUGAUGCCCGCUCUCCCGUUCUGCAGUGGUUCGAAAUCAACCGUGGGAAAGACCAGGGGGGAGAACUCUUGGCUGCCUUUGAGCUUUUCCUGAACAAUGGGAAGGACUUGCCAUUCAUGCCGCCCAAGAGGGGAGACCUGUUUGCUGUACCCAAUGGUAUACGUCCAGUCAUGCAGAGAACUGCUAUAGAGGUGCUAUGUUGGGGCGUCCGUAACAUGAAAAACUACCAGCUGUCAUCAGUGACGUCCCCCAGUAUCGAGUUCGAGGUUUCCGGACACGUGAUAAAGUCAGACAUGAUCAAGAACACCAAACGCAACCCCAACUUUGCAAACCCAACCUACUUCUUUGAUGUGAUGUUGCCAAAAGAGGAGCUGUAUAUGCCGCCUGUUAAUGUCCGUGUGAGGGACCACCGCCAGUUUGGGCGCAAACCAACAGUGGGCAUCCAUGUCCUACGGUCACUGGAAAAGUUUAAGGCACAGCCCAUAAUGCCCGGGGAACAAGAAUUAGAGGAUGGCCAGGCGGGUAUUGGCAAUGGUCCAGGAGGUGAACAUGUGAUUGACAUGCCAGGAGAAGGGGAGCCCCAGCAGAAAAAGAUGUUUGGGAGAGUUAACUAUAGUUACCCCCAGCAAGAGUUGCCUAGUCUCAAGCCAUUGAAAAAACAGUCCCGAGAGGAGGAGGUUGAUUACCAGGACAUUGAUUGGUGGUCAAAGUAUUACGCCUCGGUCGGCGAGGUGGAAAAGUGCCAGAAAUAUCUCGACAAGGGGCUUGAUACCAUUAAGGUGUAUGAUACAGAAUUGGAGAAGUCUGAGGAUUUCGGGGAGUUUCUCGAUUUCUGCGAAACCUUUGACCUUGAACGUGGCAAAGAUGAUGAUGAUGAGGAGUCCAAUAUUAUAGGACAGUUCAAGGGUUUGUUCAAAGUGUAUCCGCUGCCGUCAGAUCCGAGUGAAGAGCUUCCCGUAAAGAUGUUGGCUAAUGUGCCAUCCACUGAGCCGGAGGAGUGUAUUGUGAGAGUGUACAUUAUCCGAGGCAUCGAUCUGCAGCCUAAUGACCCGACUGGACUGGCUGACCCAUACAUUGAAGUCAAAUUGGGGAAGAAAAAACUGGAUAGCCGAGACGAGUACAUCCCUAACUCCAUUAACCCCAUUUUUGGCAGGAUGUUUGAGAUAAGCACAGUGCUACCACUGUAUAAAGAUCUGACAGUGCGUGUGAUGGAUUAUGACCUCGUGUCCAGUGACGACCUUGUCGGGGAGACGGUUAUCGACCUAGAAAACCGCAUGCUGACCAAACAUCGCGCCUGCUGCGGUAUUCCCAAGUCAUACUAUGUUGAAGGUCCAAACAAGUGGCGGGACUCUCGCCUCCCCAAGGAACUUCUUGAGGGUUAUUGUCAGAAGAAGCACAUUGCCGCACCUCUGUUUAACGGUGUCAAUAGCGCUAGAGUCGGCAAGAAAGUCUACAAGCUGUCUGAAUUUGAGGCCGGAAAAGUUGCCUCCCCUGACCUUGGUCCAGCGGAUCAACGGUUGGCUCUACACAUCCUAAACUCAUUCAACCUUAUCAAAGAGCAUGUAGAGACAAGGCCUUUAUACAACCCUCUACAGCCAGGCAUUGAACAGGGCAAGCUUCAGAUGUGGGUAGAUGUGUUCCCGAAACAUCUAGGAGAGCCAGGGGCACCCUUUGACAUCAAGGGCAGGAAACCCAAGGAGUAUGUUUUGCGUUGUGCGAUCUACAACACUGUUGAUGUUAUUCUGGAUGAGACGUCAAUAACUGGAGAAAAAAUGAGUGACAUCUACGUGUCCGGCUGGCUCCAGGGACAGGACGAGAAACAGAAAACAGACAUACACUACAGGUCUUUGAAUGGCGAGGGCAACUUCAACUGGCGUUUUGUAUUCCCAUUUGAAUAUGUUCCGGCAGAAAACUGUGUUGUGGUCAAGAAAAAGGAGAAGUUCUGGAGCCUUGAUGAGACGGAGCAAAGGAUUCCGCCCAUAUUCACCGUACAAGUCUGGGACAACGACAAAUUCUCAUUUGAUGAUUUCUUAGGCACGGUGGAGAUGAAUCUCACAAAUAUGCCGAUGCCAUCGAAGCGGUCUGGAUCAUGUGACCUGAAGCAGCUGCCCGACAUCAACAUGGGAAACAUGAACGUGAAGACUGUCUCACUGUUCGAGCAGAAACGUCUACGUGGCUUCUGGCCUGUCUAUGAUGAGAAAAACGGACAGAGAGAGCUGACUGGUAAAGUUGAGAUGGAGUUGGAACUGAUUACAAAGGAUGAGGCGGAGACCCGACCUGCGGGCAAGGCUCGGGAUGAACCCAACAUGAAUCCUGUUCUAGAGGAACCCAAUCGUCCGGAGACAUCGUUCCUAUGGUUCACCUCACCCUUCAAGACCCUGCGCUACAUCAUAUGGGCCAACUACAAGUGGUACUUCAUAAUUGGUCUUGUCAUCAUACUGCUUCUCCUCCUGAUCGUCUUGUUCAUCUACUCAUUCCCGGGCAACCUUUCUGCCUGGAUUCUGGGGACAAAGGCCUAAAAACUUCGGGUCCAACUAAGCGGACCUAAGGCAGAUUGGACGGUUUCUCAGUGUCUUGUAAGAAGGGAAAAAAGAGAACUAAAAAUAUGUUGAACAAAGUUAGUGAUGUCAAACUAAAGACAGCUUUAUUAUAUUUUGUGAUUAAAAGGGGAUCUAACAUGAAGUCAGGGAAAACGAGUGACUGAACAAAUAAAUAGCUGAUGUUUGGAACAAAUGUUGUGAUGUUUGUUAAAAGAUGAGCUUAUAUGCAUGUGUAAUUUAUGAUAAAUGAAUUUGAAAAAGUUAAUGUAUUGGAAAUAUUGUUAGAAUUUUACUUAUGUUAUAUUUUAGUGUAGUUCUAAAUGUAGCAUUUUUUUUAGCUAAAUGGCUGAAGCAGAUGUUUCUAUGUAAUUGAUAUUAGUUUAUUUGUGAAAUUAUUAAUAAAUAAAUUAUGUGGUCUGUAACAAAGCUAUAAAUGAUUGAAAGAAAAAAUAUGGAUAUAAUAAAGGUGGAUCUAUUUUCUAAAAUUUCAUAUGUAAACUUGUUUUUGAAAAUAUUCUGUAAUGCUUUUUGCUUCUAUCAAUGUAUGCACAACGAUAAACUUGUCAUGAUUAGAAUAACAAUUUUUGUAUACAAUGCUAUGCAAUUUUCAGUGUUGAUAUUUGUUACUAUACCAUGUGAUAUUUCACCUUAAUAUUCAAAUGAGCACAGUUCUGUACAGUUGCUACAGUCUUAUUAAUGGCAUUAACUAAAGUCCUUGCAAUUUUUUUUUAGUUUAGCUUUUAGUGAACUUGAUAUUUAUUGAGCAUGUAGAUUUUGGAGGGAAAUGCUGAGAAAUGCUAGAAGCAAUUUUGUUCAUAUUAGAAAUUAUAUUGUAUUAACUUUUAAUUAAGUGUUUGGUUUGCUAUUUUUUUGUAAUGUUGAUGAUUGAUUUAGUUUAUUUAAAACAAAAGUUUGGUUUGUAGCAAUUUUAGGAGCAUCUCCUUUGAACUUGCCUAAAUUUACACAAUUCAGCUAUGAUUAUCAAAAUGAGUAGGCUAUGCCCAGUUAUGAUAUUUCCAUUGUAAGACAAUACUUUACCCUGACCAUUUAGCAAUAUGAUAUUUGCAGUGCAGUACACACUUGAGAUCAUUUUUAAAUCAUAAUAUUUGCUGUAGAAGAUUUUGUUUAUUUUCCAUCUUAAAGAAUAAUGGUAUCUGCCUGAUAAGACUUACACUUACAAAAAAUCUUUUUCGCUUAGAUGCUUGGAUCAUAAAGAGUAGGAAUUAUUACCUUGAAUUUUGAAAUGACUAUAGAAUAUCAAAAGGGCUGUAAGCCCCCUUAAACUGCUUUAGGCAUAAAUCCCUCAUAAUCUAACACCCCUCCCCCUGUUUUUCAGGAUUAACAGUUAUCAGCUGUUAGAACCCCUGCUUGCCUGUUUCUAUCUGUGAAAAUUAUACAUAACGUUAUGAUUUGCUGGCCUUUUUCUACCUUUAACUGAUACUUUGUUAAGUUUCCUUUAUAUUUGCAAUAGGUUGUUAACUAUACAUUCUAUAUACAUACUGUUGUAUUUUAUAUUGCUAUAUACUCGCUAUUUUCUUUAGUAAUUAUAUAUUUUUUUCUGAAUUGUUUGUACACAUAUUAUUGAUUUCUUUUUUACUGUGUAACCAUAUUAUAUUCAGUAUAUUUCUUUUCUACAUGUAUAUGUAUAUAUAAUAUCAUUGCAAUACACCUUCACAUGAAUGUGUGUCUAUCAUUGUAACAAUAUAUACUAAUGACUUGUAAUUACCUUUUAUUGCCUAUUAAAAACACACAUGCCAAUAAUGUUUGAGCUUGCCUGAUCAAAGUGACACAUAUAUAUUAUUGCCUAGUAACUAAACAUAUACCUAUCCUAUAGCGUAGUAUGAUGUGCCCCCCAAAACUAGAAUAAUAUACACAUCUUGUUUGCCUGAUAAAGUACACAUCUUAUUUGGCUUCAAAGUAAACGUAUGUUUGUUCAUAUUUAUGUUACGAGAUGUACAAGUACAUUUAGAUAAAAGACUGAGUAAACUACUAAUUAGUGUAUAUUGCUAUGUAAGUUUGAAAUGCAAAAACACCCAGCUUCAAAACACUUUUGCAAUACUGGACAAUACAAUUUUUUAGAAACAGUGUAUUUACUGUUAUAAAUAUUCAUGACUUUUCUUGCCUUUUAGCAAAACAAUACAAAUCAUAAUGGUUACGGUAUUAAACUUGUAUAACAUU